GAGCACUUUAUUCCCUUCGUGAAACAGCUGUUGCGCGUGAACUAAGCAGGAAGUGCUUUUUCACUCUCUUGUGGUAGUGUUGAUAAACGCCCUGUGUUUUUUGCAAUGCUGAAGGGUUAACAGUUAUCUGAUUGCGAGAGCUGCAGCUGCACAUUCCGCGCAACAAGGGCGAAGAGUGAAAACAGAUUUAAUAUUAUUCUCGAACAUAUACAUACAUAUUUUUCAUUCUGUGUAUUUGCUGCAUUAAAAUGUUGAAGGUAGAUUGUGUGAUUUGCACCGAAGCUUUCACAAAUACCGAUGCAAUUAAUCUAACGGCAUGUGGACACAUGUUCCACGUGAAUUGUCUAAAACAAUGGAGGGAUCGUUCCCCAACUUGUCCACAUUGCCGAAAUACAUGCACUGAGCGCAACAUAACUCGCGUUUACUUUAGCUUUACCAACUCGGAUGAAAGCAACAGGAGCGUGGAUUCAUUGCGUGAACAGCUGAUAAAUGCCAAACUUGCGCUUAAAAUCAAUGAGCAAGAGCUAAAUAAAGUCGAAGAGCUCAAAGAAGCACAAAAAAAGUCACUUAAGAAAAUUGCUGACCUGGAGCAGGAGGUGCACGAGCGUGACCAUCGACUAGCCAUCUAUGUUACAAAAUGUAAUGAGAUAUUAAAGCUUGCUGUACAAAAAGUGGAUAAGGUGAAGAAGGAAAAUAAAAGUCUCAAAAAACAGAUAAUGGCCGCCGGGAUAAAGCAAAUGGAAUCUUCUGGUAUAGCCGUCAACGCGUCCACAGCUAAUGAUGCUAUAGCUACACCUCAACAGGAGCAAGGACAAAGCAGCAUUGCACCCGCUACUCAGUCGCUCAGCUCAUCGUUGGCUCCCAAUUCAAAUAUCAGAUCAGUGCCAGCCACAGUGCAGCGCGAGGAGAGCGAGCCGGAGCUGACAGCCGACCAUAUUAAAAUAUCAUGGAGCAAUGGAUUAGUACCACGCAUCGAAUGCAGCAACGAUAUUUCCACAGGCAGCAAACGUGCAGAUUCCUGUCCAGAAAGUGAUUGUACUGCAAAAAUGCGUCGUUUGAAUGUAAACACCGAUCACGACUAUCCAAUUCGUAACAUGUACUCACUAGAGAAUCAAGAAAAUAUUGCCCAACUGAAUUCCUGUUCUUAUAUUUUGUAAGCUCUUUCUCAUUGUUUUUA